GCGUUGUUUCAAUUGAGGUGGUGGUGCUGCAGGCGCACGUCUCAAGCAAGCAACAGAGUGCUGUAUAUCCCCCGCCCACGUAUUAUUCGGCGUUAUAACCACGUUUGUAAUCAAACAUACCAAAGACCACGGGGACUUCCUGGCCGAUUGGAUAAUGCAUCAUCAGCCGAAUUUUGCUGGUGUCUUCCUUGAAGAUUCAAACGACCCAACUCACUUGAUCACCCUCUAACGGGCGAGUAUGAUUCUGGCUGGAUCAGACCAUUUCAUAGCGGGUUUCGUGCGACCUAUUUCAGUGCCAGUAGAAACGACAGCGUUUCUGGGUGCCUGUGCUGGUUUCGUGACUCUUCUGCUGGUUGUGGUUCUGUACUUGUCGCGCAAGUGGUGCUUCAUACCGCCCUCGUCAACGAUACUCUUUGGCGGUGUCUGCGUGCCACUUUGCGAGUCCAGCAACAGCUCCACGUCCCAGCCAACCAAGAAUUUAGGCAAACCUUUUACAUUUUCGGAUCCGGAGACGAGCUCCGAUUCCGAAGAGGACGCACUGCGCAGACUGAAUUAUCGUUUGCAACAUCCACCAGACACACUGACAAUUCAAGCAGAAGAUGGACCUCCCUUGGGAGAUGUUGGGACCACUUCCAGCAGUUGUACCGAAGAUCAUUCUCCAGAUCAAAUGGAUCCAAAUUCCUCAUACAAUAACAGAGCAGAACGACAGUGUGUGGUAGAAGUAGGCGCACCGGGUAAUUCUUUAGAUAUCAGAGAAUCUGAUUCUCAGAUAGAGCACAAUGCACUACCUACAAAUGACGUGACAACCAUUGGAGUUGUUUCCGAGGAAGUUGGUACUUUAGAAGUUGCUUUCCUCUACGAUGCUCCAAUGAGAGAAAUGACUGUUCAAGUUCUUCAAGGUCGAAAUUAUCCAGCAGGAAUAAAUGGCAGUCAAGUACGUCUAGUUUUAUUGCCCUCGAAAAAACAACGGCGCAAAACACGUGUACGCCAAGGAACAUCACCUCAAUAUAUGGAGAGUUUUUUACUUCCUCGUGUUAAUCCCGAGGAUGUCAAUGCAAUGGGCGUAAGACUCAGAGUCUAUCUCUGGGGUGGAAGAAUGAGACGUGAAAGACUUUUGGGCGAAGCACGAGUUUGUUUCGAUCAAAUAAAUCUUCAACUUGAGACCACUUUGUGGCUCAAUGUUCAACCACCUCCAUCUUCAUCGGUCCACGAGUGGGGAACAACUAGCAGUCUUACUCGAAGUGAUUCCACGGGUUCUCAACAAUCAGUACAAUCCUAUGCAUCGCCAACAACUCCUCCAUACGGAAGUAGCAUGAAGGGCGGAAGUGCAGCUGAAAUCCUCAUAGGUUUAACCUACAAUGGUACCACUGGACGCCUUUCUGUUGAGAUUAUUAAAGGAUCUCAUUUUCGUGGUGGCGGAGGAAAUGAUACCAAACCACCUGAUACUUACGUUAAACUUUCUUUGGUUGACAGCAAUUGUCAUGAGAUGGCACGGUCAAAAACUUGCCUCAAACGUGCUCAACCCAAUCCUCUUUACAAGGAGACGUUCAUAUUUCAGGUGCCUCUCUUUCAACUUGGUGAUGUGACCCUCUUUCUCUCAGUUUACAAUCGUCGACGAGGUAGUAUGGGAAAAAAGAGUAAGGAAAUGAUCGGUUGGUUAUGCUUGGGCUUGAACAGCUCCGGUGCCGAAGAAUUACAACAUUGGAAUGAUAUGCGUGCCUCACGAACACCAACUCAAGUUCAACGUUGGCAUUCUCUUCUUCGACCUUGAAAUUCAAAUCACUCUCCCAUCUGGUGACAAUUGUUUCAAAAAAAAAUCUUUGCACUGAGCUGCAAAGUCCAAAAAGAAGAAAGAAGAAAGCACUUGUUUGACUUAAAUUUCCCCGACCUCAGGAAAGUUUCCUUAAAAAUCUUGAGUGGAUUUUGAUAAUUCGUACUGCCUGAAAAAAAAAAACAACAACACCGAAGUCAAUACAAUGUCAGCGCCUAUAAAAAAAUAAAAAACAAAAAAAAACAUUUUAUAGCGCAAAAGACAGUUCCAAUUUGCAAAGCAAGUUGAGAACUUGUGAGAUUUCUUAUCAGAGAGUUUCCAUGAAGAAAAUUUUUUUCAUCUCUGAAAAUUUUGUCCUCUGAAAAGAAAAAGGAUUUUUCAAAAACCUUCGGGUUUUUCUUGUAAGUCCCCCAUUUCCCAAUCCCACUUUGAUACGACAAAAGGCCAGAAAUUGAUCAAUUCAGAGGUGAUAUGAUAAAGCUUAUGGUUUACUUUGUGUGCCUUUCAUUCCUCGAAAUAGAAAAAAAAAAAAAAAAAAAUGCUGGAAUAUUGAACAGUUUGGUUCGAGGAUGGAUCGACGCAGUUUUGCCUUUUCUGUUUUAUUUUUUUUUUUUUCUGAAAAGGCAAAACACGAUUUCAAUUCAAUGACGCACAAUAAACUUCGCAUUCGCACCUCGUAAAUGCAGAUGUGAUUUUUAGGAUUGAUUACAAUUUAUCUAUUAGGGCUCUAUAGGGUCGAUUAUAGUUAAAUAGCCAGCGAUUCCUAAAUUUUAAUUCAAAUUUUUUAAUAACCAAACAUUUUCAUUUUUCCAUAAUACUAAUAUAAUUUUCAAAUUAACUUGAAUAUGCAAGAAAAAAGGAAAAUUUGUUAAAAUAUAAGAAAAUUGUAUAUACAUAAGAAUGAAUUGAAUUAAAAAUUUAGGACUCGAGAGCAUUUUUUUGAUGCCCUUCUAUACGUAUGCAAUUUGUACGUGGAUUUUUAUUAAAUAAUCCGCUAAAAUCCCACGAUUUCAGUAAAUAAUAAUAAUACAAAAAAAAAACAUAGGCAGAAUUAUUACACAUAUUAAGAUAAUAAAAAAAAAGUACCUUUAGACUCGCAUAGCUAAAGAAAAAAAAAAAAAAAACACAAAAAAAAAGAAGCGACUGAUAAUGUACUCAAAACGGACAAGCGAAUGCUGUGACGCGAAUCUCAUAAUCUUUUCAAAUCUUAACAUUCUCGAACCGAAUCUUUUCGAUACGUUAACAAUUGAAAAACAUUCAAAUUUUACAAUUAUUAUCGUCGCAAAUAUUGUUCAUUAAAAAAAAAAUAAUAAUAA